UCGUUUAGGCGCUAAACUGAACAGUGCAUGGACUUCUCUUAUUGUGAAAAUGGCAUUUUCAUUACUUAGCUAAUAUCUAUAGAAAUAUAUUAAUAACUGUAGUCAGAACACAAAGGUCAAUUUUACCAUCACCACGGUCUGGUUUGAACGACCUAUGAACUGACGUCUAAACACCUCGGUUCUGCUGUUGAAAUCCAGGUUGAGCAUCACCUCUUCCUCCCCUGCCAGGCAGGUGAUGUAUGGACUUGUACGUGAUGAACUGUGAGCUUUUAGCAACGUGCAGUGCCCUCGGGUACCUGGAAGGAGACACCUACCACAAAGAACCUGACUGUCUAGAGAGUGUGAAGGACCUGAUCCGGUACCUGCGGCAUGAGGAUGACACGCGGGACACCCGUCAGCAGCUGGGGGCGGGCCAAAUCCUCCAGAACGACCUGCUGCCCAUUAUCACCCAGUACAGCCAGGACAAGGCCUUGUUUGACGCCUGCAUCAGGCUUAUGGUCAACCUUACCCAACCUGCACUGCUCUGCUUCGGGAAAGUCCCAGAUGACCCCACUGUCAGACAUCACUUCCUGGAAGUAGUAUCCUAUUUACAGGCCUAUAAGGAGGCUUUUGCCAAUGAAAAGGUAUUUGGAGUUCUGAGUGAGACCCUGUACAACCUGUUGCAACUGGACUGGGAGCAGAGGCAGGAGGAGGACAACCUGCUGAUUGAGAGGAUUCUGCUGCUGGUCAGGAAUGUACUGCAUGUCCCCGCUGACCCCUACGAGGAGAAGAACGUGGAUGAUGAUGCCAGUGUGCAUGACAAGUUGCUGUGGGCCAUCCACAUGAGUGGUCUGGACGACCUGAUCAAGUUCCUGGCCUCUGCACAGAGCGAGCAGCAGUGGAGCAUGCAUGUGCUGGAGGUCAUCUCCCUCAUGUUCAGAGACCAGACGCCGGAACUCCUGGUGAGUGCGGGUCAGGCUCGUUCAUCUCAGGAGAAACAGAGAGAUGCCCAGGAGCUGGAGGCACUACGACAAAAAGAGCAAGCGGAGAAACGCAGCCGCACCCUCCAGAGAGGAACCCGACACUCUCGCUUUGGAGGCUCGUAUGUGGUUCAGGGACUCAAGUCCAUUGGCGAGAAAGAUGUGAUCUACCACCGAGGCCUUCACAACUUCAAGAACUACACCCACGAUGAAGGCAAGGCGGUGAGACGUGUGCCCAAGCGGAAGCUGCACGCUCGAGACUCAGAGGGCAAACGCCGCUCGGCCCUCAACGUGCGCCUCUUCCUGCGCGAGUUCUGCUUGGACUUCCUGGAGAACUGCUAUAAUCGCCUCAUGUACCUGGUCAUGGAGGGACUGAUCAGGGAACAGGCGCAGCAGCACGACGAGACCUACUACCUAUGGUCUCUCAGCUUCUUCAUGGCCUUUAACCGCGGCAACGGUUUCCGUGCCGACCUGGUCUCCGAGACAAUGUCCAUCCGUGCCUUCCACUUCAUUGAGCGUAACAUCACCAAUUACUACGAGAUGAUGCUCACCGACCGCAAGGAGGCCACGUCCUGGUCCCGUAGGAUGCACCUGGCUCUGAAGGCGUACCAGGAGCUGCUGCUGACGGUGAACGAGAUGGACCGCUCCCGAGACGAGAACAUCAGACAGAGCGCGAACGUCAUCAAGAGUAACAUUUUCUACCUGAUGGAGUACAGAGAGAUCUUCUUGACCCUGCUGAGGAAGUUUGAUGAGACCAAGCAGCCGCGCACAUUCCUCAGGGACCUGUUGGAGUCCACCCACCUCUUCUUGCGCAUGCUGGAGCGCUUCUGCAAGGGACGCAACAACCUGGUGGUGCAGAAGAAGCGUGUGAAGAGUAAGAAGUCUAAGGGCCGGAAGAAUCCGACUGCAGCAGAGACCACCCCUGAGGCACUGGAGGAGACGUGGGGGGCCGUGGCAGAGGAGCUGAGGGCCAUUAGCUUUCAGUUGUCGGAGGCUCUGACAGAGGGCGCUGUGCCAUUUGACGCUGCGUCUGAGAUUCCCCUGGAGGAGCAGAGGACUGAGGCCAUGGUGCGUGUCCAGGAUGCCCUGCUCAACAGAUGGGGCCCUGAGGCUCUGGGCCUGCUACGAGCCGCGAGGGAGGUGUGGCCAGAGGGGGAUGUGUUUGGUUCAGCUGAUGUGGAGCCAGAGGAGGAACUGGAGCUCCUCAAACAGAUCCUCAUUGCCAACCUGCCCAGGCCACCUCCCCCUGAACCUGGGAUGGAGGAGGAGGAGGAUGGAGAGUUGGAGGAGGAAGAGCUGGAGUCUGUACGUGUGUCUGAGACAGAGUUCAACUUCCUGGACUUCAUCAAGAGGUUUGCCAACCCCAACAUCGUACGUCCCUACCUGCUCCUGCUCCGGUCCUACUCCCAGAACUCCCCCCACACCAACCACUGCAUCACGCGCAUGCUGCACCGCCUGGCUGUCGACCUUAAGAUGGAUGCCCUGCUCUUCCAGCUUUCUGUCUUCUGCCUCUUCAACAAGAUCCUCGGAGACCCUGCCGCCGCUGCCUAUAAGGAGCUGGUGACCUUUGCUAAGUUUGUGCUGAACCGUUUCUUUGCCCUGGCGGCUAAAAACAACAAGGCUUUUGUAGAGCUGCUCUUCUGGAAGAGUGUGGGAGCUGUACGCGAGAUGACAGAGGGCUACAGCAAGCCUGGAGAAGGAGAGGGGUCUAAGAAGAAAGCAAAAUGGACGCCAGAGGAAGAGGAUGAGCUGCGAACACUCUACGAGGAGCACCGCGACUCUGAAGUGCCAGACAUUGUUGAGACUCUGCUGCCGUUGCUUAGCAACACCACCCUUACGCGUCGGCAGGUGGUGGCCCAGUUGGUGGCGAUGGGACUGGUGGACAGUGUAAAAGACCUGAAGAAACAGAGGAAAGGCACUCGUAUUGUUCUGUGGACAGAGGAGCAGGAAGAAGAGCUACAGAUGCUGUUUGAGGAGUUCAGAGACUCCGAUGAUGUGCUGGGGAACAUCCUGAAAAAGGUGACGGCUAAACGUUCCCGGGCCCGCCUGGUGGAGAAGUUGCUCAGCAUGGGCCUGGUCUCCGACCGACGGGAACUCCACAAGAAGAGACGGCGCAACCCUAACGCUCCAGGGAAGAGCGCCGCGAUGAGAAUGACUGAAGAAGAGUUCCUGGCUGACCUCACUGGAGGUCUAACCGAAGAGCCCAUGGACGGAGACGAGGACGAGGAAGAAGACGAAGAGGAGAGCGAGGGGGAGGAGCGGGAGAGACGGGCUCCGGCAGCCAGAGGGAGGAAAAGCUGGAUGGCAGAGAGGGAGAGCAUGGUUGAGAAGAAUGCCAGUCUGAGGACCAUGGUGUACACUCUACGGCAUGAAGGUAUGUCAGGACCCCUGUUGUGGCUACAGAACUGCCUGAACAGAACGGCAGAUGACCGCGAGGAAGAAGGCUUGUUUCAGCCCGUGCCAAUUGUCCCUCUGACUGAGGAGAACGAGGAUGCCAUGGAGAAAAAGAGCUUCCAGAGGUUACUACAGAAAAUAGGGGUCCGAGCACCAGCUGAUGAGCAGGAGUCAUUCUGGAGGAUCCCAGCCCAGAUGAGACCAUCCCAGCUGAGGGGAGCGGCGGAGGUCCUUAGCCCCAGUCAGGAUGCCCUAGCAGCGGGGGCAGAGGAGUCGGAACAGCCAACCCCAGGGAGCCCCAUCCAGGAACAGCAGCAGGGGGAGGCAGACUCCCACGAGCAGAGAGCCCAGGCCCUCCGAGCCCUGCUGCUGGCCCGCAAGAUGAAACAGCCCUCUGCCUCAGCAGAACACACAGAUUUCACACCUGUUGAGGAUAUAGAUUCAGACAGUGCACCUCAGAGAUCUUCAGAGAAGAAGACCUCCACCAAGAGAAGGCGAGUGGUGUUGGACAGUGAUGAGGAUGAAGAGGACUCUCCCCUCACUAUGGACCUGGGGGCAGACGGGGACGCUGACUCAGACAGGGAGGCUCACUCCGCCCCUGCCAAGCGCAAACGACAGAGGGUCCUGAUUGACGAUGAUGAAGAUGAUUAGAGGAGAAGUCUUCAGUUUGAUUUAUUUGAUGUAUACUGUAUAGUGCUUUUUCAACUUUGUGCUUUACAGAGAAAGGGAAAAGCUCACCUCAUCCACCAACAAUGUGAGGCAUCCAUUUGGACCCAAUUUGAUUGAAGCAUCAUCAUACACCAUGCCUCUAUGGGGUUGUGUGUGGACUGAGGAUGGGGAAACAUGGACCCUCACUUACCAAAUAUUUCUCAGAGAAGGCGGUAUACAAGUGGUAUACAAGUCUUCUCAGACAAAAGACCAGAGAGGGAGAGAACCCCCAGUUUUUAGGUGAAAUGGUGCGUUGAUGACUCCUCCCCCUUUGCCUGUACUAAAUAUUUUGGAAAAGAUUCUAGUCCAGAUUGACAGCUCACUGUUAACUCAUUCUUGCUUUUGUUUAAUCAUUGUUGUAAGGAGCAGAUGGUAAGGCUAUUGUAUAAUUAAGGUGGUUAAAACGACUGGUUGGUUGUGUGGUCUGGUCGCUUAUUGUAUCCACUGUUUUCACAUCCUUAUAAGAACACACACACCAUGGUGUGUUUAUUUUCUUUUUGGCAGUAAUGAUGUCUUGCAGUAUGAGGAAGUGUAGGAUGUUCGUUCAAGGAUGUUUUUUUGAUGCGUUUGUCGUUUAUAUUCUUCAGUCUCUUUUUUGAGUAACCUUCAAUAUUUUGUAUUAAUUUCACAGGACCAGCCAAGCCAAUAUAGGGAUUAUACUGUCAAUGCCCAGGUUUUAGAAUGUGUUACCUCAAACUAGGUUGUUCUAUCCAUGGAUGUGUCCCACAUGGCACCCUAUUCCAUUUAUAGUGCACUACUUUUGAUCAAGGCCCAUAGGGUUUUGGUCAAAAGUAGUGCACUAUAUAGGAAUAGUGCCAUUUGGGACUCAAAUUAUAUAAACUCAAGAUUGUUUCAACUGCAGGUGUAAAGUAAUCAGCAGAUUACUGAACACCUGGGAAAUAUAUCUGCUCUGUUUUUUAAAAGCUGUUUUCAGAAAGUAGUUUCUCAUGUUAGAGUUCAGGGUAACACCUGCAUACGUUGAUGAUUAAACAAACCAAAAAGUUA